CGUGGAUCUUGCAUUACUACUUCCCUUCUCACUCUCUCUUCACCACACAACCUUAGUUUCGCAGGUUUCGACGAUUUCUUGAGGUCUAGUUGGCAACUUGAGGAAUGCCCGUCGGAAUUGAAGCUUGGUUGACCCAGAUUCCACCGAUAACGCGUGCAUGGCUAGCGCUAUCUGUCGCCACGAGUUUAGCAGUGCAAUGUCAACUCGUGACACCUCUGCAACUGUAUUUUAGCUUUAAAUCCGCUUUUACCAAUGCACAGCCCUGGCGCAUGGCCACGACAUUCUUUUACUUUGGAUCAAUAUCUCUUGAUUUCGUUUUCCAUCUUUUCUUUUUCAUGCGAUAUAGUCGGAUGUUAGAAGAAUCCUCAUUUGCCAACAGAAAAGCUGAUUACUUCUGGCUGCUUCUGCUGUCAUCUGUGAUGUUAUUGGCCAUGUCUCCCUUAUUCAACCUUCCAUUUCUCUCCUCCUCGCUUGCCUUCGUGCCCAUAUAUAUGUGGUCCCGUCGACAUCCAUCCACGCCGAUAUCGCUCUUUGGAUUGUUCACAAUCUCAGCACCGUACUUGCCAUUAGCUCUCGUGAUUUUCUCUUGGGUAAUAAGUGGAACAUGGAAGGCGGCGGCAGGAGAUCUAAUUGGGUGUGCGGUCGGUCACAUUGGAUGGUUCCUGCGGGAUGUCUGGCCAAGAGAGAUGGUCGGAGGGUACUCGGUACUGACUGAGGCGCCUGAUGGGCUAAGGAGAUUAUUCGGAGACCUCUGAGUCGAUAAAGAAUCAGCGUACUUGGCAUCUUUUAUUCCUUCUUUGGGAGGAAAGAGCGGCAUUGUUACUGAGAAAUCAUUAUGAUAUCGUUACUUCUAUGUUUGAUGAAGGGAUAUCCUUACGUGCUACAGUCGGGGCCGUGGUACCGCCUCGUGUUAUCUAAACUCAUAUGUGUCAUACGUGUCAUUGUGCCAACAUUAGCUUUGGCUCUUUCCACACACUUCUCGUUGCUGUCCACGAA